AAAGCAGCUGAAAAUGGCCCCCCUUCCACUUCCAUCCUAAAAGCUAAACAAUGAGAUAAUCAAAGAUGUUUCUGUUCGAUUGAAAAUGAUAUGGCCAAGACAGGCACUAGGAAGACACAGUCGCCAUUGACAAACAAGCACAAGAUAACCCAAUUCCCACUUGGGGCAACUCCUUCCCACACCACCAAAUCCCUACCCCACUCCCUUUCCAUGUUAUCCACACUUCCCUCCCCUCUUCUUAGCACCACCAGAUCCCCAAUGUCUAAACUUUCAGGCACCAUACUCACAUCAGGAAACAAAACUUUUUGCUCAUGGAACUGAACUGAACUGUUUUGUCUCUCUACAUUUCUAAUCCACUCAAAAUGGCUCUUGCACGGGUAAUUUCCACUCACAAACCCUCAUUGAAUCCCAACACAACCACCCUUUCCGCAUUAAACCCAAAUAAUCUCAGUUUCCUCUCCAAUUCACCUCCAUCACUUGCUUCACUCCUCCAUCACCGCCGCCACAAAAGGCGAACCGCCUCAUUAAAAUGCUCAGCUUCGUCAUUCUCCGAGAAACACCACAACACAAACCAUCCAAAAUCAGACGACGUCGUUGAACUCCCACUAUUUCCACUCCCACUAGUUCUGUUCCCAGGCGCAAUCCUCCCUCUCCAGAUAUUCGAGUUCCGUUACCGCAUUAUGAUGCACACCCUCCUCCACACCGACCUCCGUUUCGGCGUCAUCUACUCAGACGCCGUAUCCGGCACCGCCGAAGUGGGCUGCGUUGGUGAAAUCGUCAAGCACGAACGCCUCGUCGAUGAACGAUUCUUCCUCAUUUGCAAAGGGCAGGAACGGUUUCGUGUAACGAAUGUAGUCCGUACGAAACCCUAUUUUGUCGCGGAGGUGACGUGGCUGGAGGACAGGCCUUCAGGGGAGGAGGACCUGGAGGCUUUAGCGACGGAAGUGGAGACGUGUAUGAAGGAUGUUAUAAGAUUGUCAAAUCGGUUAAAUGAGAAGCCAGAAAAGGAAGCGCAAGAUUUGAGAAGGAAUUUGUUUCCGACUCCGUUUUCGUUUUUUGUAGGAAACACUUUUGAGGGGGCUCCGGGAGAGCAGCAAGCCUUACUUGAAUUGGAGGAUACAGCAACGAGAUUGAAGAGGGAGAAGGAGACUUUGAGGAAUACACUUAAUUACUUGUCAGCUGCUUCUGCUGUUAAGGAUGUGUUUCCUUCUUCAUAGUUUUGGUAAUCAAUAUUUUAUAAAAUGUAUAAGAUUUUACAGUGGAAAACUAUUUAACUGGUAAUUCGAUGUGCGAUUACUGAUCAGCUAGUUUGGAUUGAGAGUGAUUUGUCAACUGGUCUCACAUGCAUCGUUGCUCUGCUCGGGCUCAGCUAUCCAUAGAAGGUAGAAAAACCUUUAGAUCUUGCUAGUGUUUAGAAAGUGCGGAAUUAAUCUGGCUCAUCAAUGUCGUGAUUAUGCCUUUCCUAAUUGAUGAUGUCUGGUAUAAUUGUGUUGUGAUGUCCAUUAAAAGUUGUUCUUCGUUCU